GGAAGUGACUGAUACAGUCGCUAGGCAGCCCGGAAAUUGCGGCUGUAGGGGAUUACUUUGGACUCUGACUCCCAGCUUGCGAUGGGUUGCGACGGGGGAACAAUUCCCAAGAGGCAUGAACUGGUGAAGGGGCCGAAGAAGGUUGAGAAGGUUGACAAGGAUGCUGAGUUAGUGGCCCAGUGGAACUAUUGUACUCUAAGUCAAGAAAUAUUAAGACGACCAAUAGUUGCCUGUGAACUUGGCAGACUUUACAACAAAGAUGCCAUCAUUGAGUUUCUAUUGGACAAGUCUUCCGAAAAGGCUCUUGGGAAGGCAGCCUCUCACAUUAAAAGCAUUAAGAAUGUGACAGAACUGAGGCUUUCUGAUAACCCCGCCUGGGAAGGAGAUAAAGGAAACACUAAAGGUGACAAACACGAUGACCUCCAGCGGGCACGUUUCAUCUGCCCCGUUGUGGGCUUGGAGAUGAAUGGCCGACACAGGUUUUGUUUCCUGCGGGGCUGUGGUUGCGUGUUUUCUGAACGAGCCCUGAAAGAGAUAAAAACAGAAGUUUGUCACACGUGUGGGGCUGCCUUCCAGGAGGACGACGUCAUCGUGCUCAAUGGCACCAAGGAGGACGUGGAAACGCUGGAGAGAAGGAUGGAGGCGAGGAGGCUGCGAGCCAAGCUGGGAAAGAAAACAAAGAAACCCAAGGUGGCAGAGUCUCUCUCAAAAUCAGAUGUCAGUGAAGAAGCCCCAGGACCAUCAAAAAUGAAGACAGGGAAGCCCGAAGAAACCAGCCUUGAUUCUCAAGAGAAGAAAAGCACCUCGGCUCCCAGAAGUGCAGCAGCACACGGGAGCUCUUCCGGAAAAGCCGGGAAGCCUCCAUGUGGAGCCAUGAAGAGGUCCAUCGCUGACAGCGGAGAGUCAGAAGCUUACAAGUCCCUUUUCACGACCCACAGCUCCGCCAAGCGCUCCAAGGAGGAGUCGGCCCACUGGGUCACCCACACGUCCUACUGCUUCUGAGGCCCGGGGCGCGGCCUCGGCGCACCUCAGAGCUCAGAGCCCGCGUGGCAGGGCAAGACGGGGGCUCGGUGACCCCGCCGGCCCCGCCCUGUCGCCCUCUCCGCUCACCACCUCCCCCUGUGCGCGUGGACCUUCCCCGGCCAAAGCACGCUGGCCGCGCUAUUUAUGCUUAAAAUAAUUAAAGACUCCAGAUUCCUCACGGGUAUGUGGUUGGCUCAUUUUGACUCAGAUUCUCAUGGUUUUGCUCGCGGCGGUUAAUUAAACAAGCCAACUGAAACCGAACUUGAGGAAGGACGAGUUUGAAGUGCAUUCCGCCUGCAGGGCUGUAGGAGGGGUCGUCUCGGCGCCAGGGAGGGGACUGAGGGGCCUUCCUUGCGGAUCGCCUUGAUGAGAGAGGAGAUUUAGUUGGCACCCGAUGAUUUCGUACGAAAAUAAAGUCUAAAGUCUGCUCUUGC